AAACCUCCCGCCAGAUACGUUUGUGAGUUGCAGUAGUUGAAAAGUGUCGACUUCCGGUGAGAUCGUAAAAUCUGAAACCGACUUAGAAUGAAGGUGCUAGUGCUUUUGUGCGCUGUUUGUGCACUAACCAGUGCGAUCGAGUUCCAGGAUAAUCCAGAAGUUGAACUACCAUCGUUCAUGCGCAUAUGUAACCGCAACGACCCUGAACUUGGGCAGUGUAUCAAGGAUUCCAUUCAGCGGCUGCUUCCAGAAUUGGCGAACGGCAUUCCAGCAAUCGGUUUCCCAGCCAUCGAACCGUUCAGCCAGGACAGCAACUACUUCGAGUACAAAAAUCAACAAAUGCACGGAUCGCUGCAUCUGAAGAAUGCCAAAACAUACGGUUUGAGUCGUGCCCAAAUCCGAGAUGUGCGAGCCACUGCCGACGAUGGUUCCCUCCGAAUGGAAGUCGAUGUGUACUUCCCAAAGGUGAUCACUGAAGGAAAAUACAAGGGAGAAGGACGGUUCAACGCCAUCAAGGUUGUGUCCAAGGGAUACUUCAACGUGACCACAUCUGACGUUUCCGCCACUUGGAGAAUCUCUGGCCGUACUACGCAGCGUCAAGGAGAAGAAUAUCUUUUGAUUGACAAAUUUGACAUGACUCCAGAAGUAGGAGACAUGAAGGUCUACGCUACCGGACUGUUCCCAGAUCCAGGACUGAAUCAAGUCGCACUAGACUUCGUCAACCAGUAUUGGCCCUCGCUAUACAAGCAAAUGUUACCCGAAACGCGCCAAUCCUGGGAGCCAAUGAUGUUAGACAUUGUGAACAAAAUGUUCAACCGUGUACCAUAUCGAAGGCUGUUGCCCAAAGCAGAAGCAUAAGGCGAAUCUGUUGUUAUUCCGUAACUGUAAAGUGUAAAGUGUUAUUUUUGCGAUUGUGAUAGAAGGGUUUGUGCAGAACGCCUUCCAUUGAUACUAUGGUAUCGCAAGGUGCGUUUAGACAUAGCAUUAUUGGAAAAAUUUUCGUGAAACAAAACUAAGACGAGUGGCAUAGGAAAAAAUAA